UAGAGUCAUUUCAGUGCGUCAGAGGCUUUACUGAGUCUGACUUCACUAAUUUGUUUGCAUGGUUUUGACAUUGUUGCAACACGUUUUGUCCCUCUAAAAAGGCAUUUUUUUUUUCUUUUGACGUUAUGGCUCUGCUCAGAGGACUGACCGUGUUAAAUAGAGUUUUAACUCCAAACAAGUGUUUCACACCAGCACGAUUGUUUGGAUAUGGGACAAACACUUUAUACCAGAGUGGUCCUCAAACUAGAUUCUUCCCACCUUCUGAAGGUGUUAUGCUUCUCCCAGGAACUUACAAAAACAAAGUGGCCUUCAUCACUGGAGGAGGAACGGGACUUGGAAAAGCCAUGACCACUGCUCUGUCUUCACUGGGAGCAGAGUGUGUGAUAGCCAGCAGAAAUCUUGAUGUUUUGAAGAAAACAGCAGAGGAAAUCUCACAACAGACAGGAAACAAGGUCCAUGCUGUCCAGUGUAAUGUUCGAGACCCUGCUUCAGUGGAAGCUGCAGUUGACCAGCUUGUCAAUGAUGUCGGCCUGCCUGAUGUGGUGAUAAACAAUGCCGCCGGAAACUUCAUCUCUCCUUCAGAGAAGCUCUCUCCCAAUGCCUGGAGAACCAUCACUGACAUAGUGUUGAACGGAACUGCCUAUGUCACGCUAGACAUCGGGAAACGCCUCAUCAAAGCUGAGAAAGGUGCUGCUUUUCUGGCCAUCACCACUAUCUAUGCUGAGAGUGGCUCAGGAUUUGUUGUGCCAAGUGCUGCGGCUAAAUCUGGAGUGGAGAAGCUGUGCACGUCUCUGGCAGCAGAGUGGGGCAGAUACGGCAUGAGAUUCAAUGUUAUUCAACCAGGACCAAUCAAAACCAAGGGUGCGUUUAGCAGAUUGGAUCCCACUGGCCGGUUCGAGAAGGCGAUGUUCGAGAGGAUACCCGUAGGUCGUCUGGGCACUCCUGGAGAGAUUGCCAACCUUGCCGCCUACCUCUGCAGCGACUACGCCAGCUGGGUAUCAGGCGCGAUCAUUCGAAUGGAUGGUGGUGAAUAUGUCUCCUUAGCUGGCGAGUUCAAUGGUCUGAAGGAGGUCACAAAGGAGGAAUGGGCCAUGAUGGAGUCAAUGAUCAGAAGCACAAAGGGAUCAUAAACCUCUAAAACUGCUGUAACUCUGCACUAAUGACAGUCAUAAUCUCAAUCUCCCAUUGUAACAGAGGAGGAUCAAUUGAAAUAUGGUUUGUAGAUUGUAUAAAUUGAGACUUAAGUUGUCCUGGCACAUACAAAUAUUUGUUCUGUGACACGUUUAUCACCUUGAGGGCUGUAAGGAAUUGUUGUUUGGAGUAUUAGAGCCAUACUGAAUUAAAAAUGUUUGCUUUUAUGACAUUUAAGUUGGCCUGUCUGCCAUUUCUGCCUUAAAUAUCCAUUGUAACAAUGGCAAUUACAUUCUGUAGGCUGUAAACAUGUAGAUUACAUAUUUAACCUACAUGUUGCCCCAAUACGCUUCGAUAGGCUCCAGCAUCCCUGCGACCAUGGUGAAUGUGAUUUCACCAAGUACCACAUGUUACAACUCUGUAUGGUCACAGGGUCACCAUGAUUUUUUUCCUAGAUCAAUAUAUUUUGUUGAUCCUGGAACAUCAUUCCAAUCAACCAACCAGAUUUGAGGGACAAGUGUACAGUUGAUGUCAAGUUUAGGCUUACAACCAGGGUUAGGUGCUUUUACAUCAGUAUUAUUCACCUAUUAUUUCCCUCUGGUUUUAGGGAUACAGUAUGGGUAGGGGUAGGGUUAGGAUUAUGUUUUUGGACAGGAAUGUUGUUCCAGGAUCAACAAAAUAUGUUGAUCUAGGAACAUGUCUUACUUGGCAAAAUCACGGUGACCCUGCGACUAUACAAGGUAUAAUUGGUUUGAAGAGUAGAAGGGUGGAAGGAUGGAUACUGCCCCGUUUUGAUAAAGCCCAGAAUGAUUCCUACAAAUAUCAUGUUUAAAAGAAUGUAUUUUCUCUGUCCUUUUGUGAGCACAAGCGUUGGAAGUCUUAUAACAACAUUCAACUGCCUUAUAAUGACGAAGUAGAAAUGACAGUUUGGUGUACAUUACCUUGUUUCAUGCUUAGAAAUUUAUUUAGUCAAAUACAGAAUAAAAUCUGCAUUAUUUCUUGUUUUAUUCUUGGUUAAAUACCAAUUAGAGGAUAAAAAAACUAAAUAAAUGAGGGAAAUAAAUUUCAGAAUUGUAA